AUGGACCAUGUGCCGGCUCUAGUUCUUGCCGUGUGCCUCCUGGCCUUGCUGCCUGGCUGGGCCUGUGGCCUUGGCUCCAUGUCGUCCAUCGCGGUGUCCUAUGGGGAGGACGGUCCGGUGUUCUGUGGCCUCAACUCCGACGGCUCCCACCUCGUCGCCUGCUUCGGCGCGGACGCCUCCGUCCUGUAUGGCGCCCCGCCCAACAUCCCUUUCCUUGGCCUCACGGCAGGGGACGGGUUCGUGUGCGGCCUCCUGCUCGACACCAGGCAGCCGUAUUGCUGGGGGAGCAACUCUUAUGUCAAGAGCGGGGUGCCGCAGCCGAUGGUCGAGGGCGCGAGGUACUCUGAGCUCAGCGCGGGGGACAACCACCUCUGCGCGCUGCGAGCGGCUGAAGAUGGGGGCCGUGGUUCGAGCGCUGCUAGUGCUACGUCGUUGAUCGACUGCUGGGGAUACAAUAUGACCGCCACGCAUGUCGUCGAUGAAGCCGUGUCAACCGUUUCAGCCGGUUCCGUGUUCAAUUGCGGCUUGUUUGCUCGGAACAGGACGGUGUUCUGCUGGGGCGACGAGACGGUGAGUGGUGUCGUUGGGCUGGCGCCGAGGGAUGUGCGCUUCCAGUCUAUCGGCGCAGGUGGUUACCAUGUCUGUGGGGUGUUGGAGAAUGCACAGGUGUUCUGCUGGGGCAGGAGCUUGGAAAUGCAGCAGGUGGCACCGUCCAAUGCUAUCGGCAAUGGUGAUGUGAACAUAGUGCCGAUGGAUGCGAUGGUCGCUGUGGUCGGUGGGCGCUUCCAUGCUUGUGGCAUCAGGAGCCUUGACCACCAGGUGGCUUGCUGGGGCUUCACUCUUCAUAACAGUACAUCACCACCGAAAGGGCUGAGGAUGUAUGCGCUUGUGGCUGGGGACUACUUUACUUGUGGAGUGCCUGCUGAGACUUCGCUGAUGCCAAGGUGCUGGGGCAACAGUGGGCCAUUGGCUUUACCGAUGGCCGUACCUCCUGGGAUUUGUGUUCCUACUGCAUGCAGCCUUGGGUACUAUGAGUAUGUGAACCAUGGUGAAGUUGGCAGCAUCAAGGUGUGUAAGCCUGCAAACUCUAGACUCUGCUUGCCCUGUAGUACAGGUUGCCCAGAAGACUCGUACGAGUCAUCCCCUUGCAAUGCAACAGCUGACCGUGUUUGCCAGUUUGACUGCUCGAGGUGUGCCACAGAUGAUUGCCUGUCAUUCUGCUUAUCACAGAAGCGGACCAAAAGCCGCAAGUUGAUGGCUUUUCAGAUGCGCAUCUUUGUAGCAGAGAUUGUGUUUGCCGUCAUCUUGGUACUCAGCGUGUCAGUAAUCUCUUGCCUGUAUGUCCGGCACAAGCUUCGACAUUGCCAAUGUUCAAAUAGGGAGCUGAGACUGGCUAAGAGCACAGCGUACUCUUUCCGGAAGGAUAACAUGAGGAUCCAGCCUGAUGUGGAGGAUUUGAAGAUCAGGAGAGCUCAAGAAUUCUCCUAUGAAGAGUUAGAGCAGGCAACCGGUGGCUUCUCAGAGGAUUCACAAGUUGGCAGAGGCAGCUUUUCAUGUGUAUUCAAGGGCAUACUGAGAGAUGGGACAGUGGUUGCUGUGAAGCGUGCAAUAAAAGCAUCAGAUGUGAAGAAGAGCUCAAAGGAGUUUCACAAUGAACUUGACCUCCUAUCCAGGCUCAACCAUGCACAUUUGCUGAACCUGCUUGGUUACUGCGAGGAUGGCAGUGAGAGGCUCUUGGUUUAUGAGUUCAUGGCUCAUGGAUCCCUGUACCAGCAUCUGCAUGGCAAGGAUCCAAACUUGAAAAAGCGACUGAACUGGGCAAGGCGGGUCACCAUUGCUGUCCAGGCUGCUAGGGGAAUUGAGUACUUGCAUGGCUAUGCUUGCCCUCCUGUAAUUCACCGGGACAUCAAGUCUUCGAACAUAUUGAUUGAUGAGGAUCACAAUGCGCGUGUUGCUGACUUUGGUCUAUCUAUAUUGGGUCCUGCAGAUAGCGGUACCCCACUGUCCGAGCUGCCAGCAGGGACUCUUGGCUACCUUGAUCCUGAGUACUACCGUCUCCACUACUUGACUACAAAAUCUGAUGUCUACAGCUUCGGGGUUGUUCUCUUGGAGAUACUGAGUGGCAGGAAAGCGAUUGACAUGCAGUUCGAGGAAGGGAACAUUGUGGAAUGGGCAGUACCACUGAUCAAAGCAGGGGACAUUUUCGCCAUCCUUGAUCCAGCCUUAUCACCUCCCUCAGAACUUGAGGCCCUCAAGAAGAUUGCUUCUGUGGCAUGUAAGUGUGUCAGAAUGCGGGGGAGAGAUCGUCCUUCCAUGGAUAAGGUGACUACAGCUCUAGAGCAUGCCCUUGCACUGCUGAUGGGCAGUCCCUGCAUUGAGCAGCCAAUUCUGCCGACUGAGGUUGUUCUUGGAAGCAGCCGCAUGCACAAGGUAUCACAGAUGUCCUCUAACCACUCUUGCUCAGAGAACGAGCUUGCUGACGGGGAGGACCAGCGGAUCGAGUACAGGGCACCUUCCUGGAUAACAUUUCCUAGCGUGACCUCAUCACAGAGGAGGAAAUCAUCUGCAUCUGAAGCUGACAUCGUUGGCCGAAGGACCACAGAUGGUAGGAAUGUCGGGAGCAGCAUAGGUGAUGGACUGCGGUCACUGGAGGAAGAAAUCGCUCCGGCUUCACCACAAGAGAACCUGUACUUGCAGCACAACUUCUGA